CUCGUCCGAAGGUUCGCCCCCCAGAGAGACAGAGAGACAUUAUAUAUAGACUCUCUCUCUCUCUCUCUCUCUCUCUCUCUGUGUUUGGAAAUCGCAUCACGUACCUCCGUUUGAUAUCAAUUGUCUUCGGUUGUUGAGGAUAAGGUGUUGGUUUUGUUAAGAGGAUCAUAAAGCUUUUGCAAAGUGGGUGGUUUUGAAGGAUAAAAGAAUUCGUUGAGAGGGUUUGUCGGGAGGACGAACAUUAGGUAGAAGAAGAGAUUCUCAGGCCGCUUUCAUUUUUCACUGUUUUCAUUUCAGGCGGAUUAAUACUAAGAGGCGUAACUUAGAAAUUGAUAGGAAAUAUGGACAGCAACAGAGAGGGGUCUCCCCUAGUUUCAGAGAAAAUUGCUCCAGUGGCACCUCCAUUGCCUGGUGCAGCAACAAGCAGUUAUCAUGGAUCACGGGUUAGAGGGUACUGCUGUGUCUCUACAGCAACAAAAGAUUUGUGGGAGCGCCUCUUUGAUGAAGGGUAUAGAGCUGAUGUUUCUGUCAAUACUGACAAUGGUGGCAUCAUCUAUGCUCAUGCUAAUAUUCUUGGCAUGGCUUCUCCUGUGAUGAAAGGCAUGUUAAAGAAGUCAAAAAGACAUGGCCGACGGCGAUCAAUUUCAAUCCGAGGUGUUCCACAUGACGCAGUUCGAGUUUUCAUUAGAUUCUUGUACUCUUCCUGUUAUGAGAAAGAAGAAAUGGAGGAAUUUGUCUUGCAUUUGUUGGUACUUUCACAUGUGUUUGUGGUUCCCCAGCUAAAGCAAGAGUGCACGCAACAACUAGAGCAGGGUUUGCUUACCAUAGAGAAUGUGAUUGACGUCUUUCAACUUGCAUUAUUGUGUGAUGCCCCUCGGCUUAACUUCGUAUGUCACCGUAUGAUUCUGAGGAACUUCAAAGCUGUUUCUGCUACUGGAGGAUGGCAAGCUAUGAAGCAAAGCCACCCAGUGCUAGAAAGGGAAAUUUUGGAGUCUGUAACUGUUGAAGAUCAUAUGCAAAAGGAGAGGAUCAGAAAAUCAAAUGAGAGAAAGAUUUAUCUGCAAUUAUAUGAGGCAAUGGAGGCUAUUGUUCAUAUAUGUAGAGAUGGUUGCCAGACAAUUGGCCCACAUGAUAAGGACUUCAAAGCAAACCAGGUCCCUUGUAAGUAUACAGCCUGUAAGGGACUGGAAUUGCUUGUCCGCCAUUUUGCCGGUUGCAAGUUGAGAGUCCCCGGUGGCUGCGUUCAUUGCAAGAGAAUGUGGCAGCUUUUGGAGUUACACUCCCGGCUUUGUGCCAAUUCUGGUGUUUGUAGAGUUCCUUUGUGCAGGAACUUUAAGGAAAGAAUUAUGAGGCAGAGCAAGAAGGACGAGAUUAAGUGGAGAAUAUUGGCGAAAAAUAUAUUGACAGCAAAGAUCAUUCCAGGAGAACCUUUCUUUUCAUGGGCAGUUGCCAGUUCUACGUGACAACAAAGUUUGCUUAUCCUAGAAUCAGCUUUGACUGUAAAUUAGUUGUAAUUGCCUCUUUGUAGAGAAAAUGUUGGCCCAAAAGCUAGUGGCGUUCCUUUGUAUCUGAGUGUGAAUUUAUAAAGCAGAGGAUCAGUACUUCCUCCCAAACCACAUUCCUUCUUUAUCAUUCCCUGGAAUGCACCAAAAAGCUUGAUAUAUUGCUCA